GAGAUUGAGUGCGGAUGUUGUUGUUUUGCUGUACCGUCUCAAUGAUCGUUUCUCAGCGAGGCCGUACGAUAUACGUUAUCGCCAAUAUUUGCGUAACGUGUGCGAAAGGCGGGUUUUCUCGGCGCUUCUCUCGGGGAGCAUAGAGGCCGAGGCGGGAGGCGAUGAUGGAGGACUUUGAUGAGAUUUACGAGGAGGAGGAAGAGGAAGACGAGGACAGGGCCGCGGAGGAGCAGCUGCUGAAAUACGCUCCGGACCCGGUGGUCGUGCGCGGAUCCGGACACGUCACUGUGUUUGGACUGAGCAAUAAAUUUGAGUCUGAUAUUCCUUCAGCUCUUACAGGAAAGGUAGCACCAGAGGAAUUCAAAGCCAGCAUAAACCGUGUGAACAGCUGUCUGAAGAAAGCUCUUCCUGUGAAUGUGCGCUGGCUGUGGUGUGGCUGUCUAUGCUGUUGCUGUACUCUGGGCUUUAGUCUGUGGCCGGUCAUCUGUCUUAGCAAAAGGACACGAAGAUCCUUAGAGAAGUUAUUGGAGUGGGAAAACAGCAGAUUGUAUCACAAGCUGUCUUUGCAUUGGAGACUCAGCAAACGGAAGUGUGAAACCAACAACAUGAUGGAAUAUGUCAUUCUAAUAGAGUUUCUACCCAAGAUUCCCAUCUUCAGGCCGGAUUAGCAGUGGCAGGACUGAACUUAAGCCUCUGGCGCGGUCUUCCCGAGGUGCCUUUCUCCGGUACUGUCAUGGUUGCCUCAUUCCCUUUCCCUCCACACAGACUCGGUUCACAUACGAGCGCCACUUACCGCACUCCUCACAGAGAAAAGCACUGUUUACAACCCACAAACACACACGCACAGGCUGGGGCGCACGUCUGUGCCGUUCUGGUUAUGCGCAGAGGGAUAUUUUCUGUCACGUUACACAGAGUCUACGAGGAGGCCGCGAUAAAACUUCCAAAGCUCUAAACUGAAACGUCUACUCACCGUUUAACACAUCACACACAAUCUGCACACAAUUGGAUUCCUGUUGCUGACUACCACCUGCUGACAUCACUGUGGAAUGGACCAGAAUGCUCCAUGAGGAACAAAUUGUAGAAUGAAACGGUCCCUGCACAAUACCUAGUUCUCCAUGUCUCCCUCUCACAUAUUAUCAACCUUAUACAAAGACAAUCAAAUACUGACUGUGCCACGCACCGACUAGACUCUUAUGGACUUUUUCGGGUCUAGUUAAAGUCAAGGGCCUGGUGGGCUCCAGGUGCACCUAUGGGG